AUGGACGACCUCUCCGCUCUCGACUGGUCCGCGUCCAGCAACAGCAGCUCCAAGCCGAAUCCUCCCAAGACAACCACGACAACUUCCGCCUUCAGCAGCUUCCCCGCGAUCCGUCCCACACCGUCCCCGUUUGCGUCUGGCCGUAGUACGCCCGUGAUUUCAAGCCAGGGUUCCGGUACGAUCGCUCCCAAGUCCAACAACAAUCCGUUCUCGAAACCGGCGCAAGACAGCUUCAGCAACCUCGGCAACUUUGUCAAUUUCGCCUCAUCCUCCUCCGCUCAGAACACCGCGAAGCUGAGCUUGAAAGAACAACAAGAGCGGUUGGAGGCCGAACGGCGCAGGAAAGAGGAGGAAAGACGACAACAGCUUCAAGCGCAGUAUGGAGGGCUCGAUGCGCUGGGACAACUGGGCAGUGGUGGGAGCAACAGCAGGACGACGUCACCUGCGUUUGGGCUUGGAGGGCCUGGGUCGAUCCCGUCCCCAGCCAUCUCGAGGGUUGCGAGCCCGUUGAAUCCGACGACGCUGAACCAAUUGAAUAUGACAACAAAGAAGCCGAGCGAAUCGGAUGACGAUCUGUUUGCGGCGUUCAAGGCCGAGACCAAGGUCGAUAAUGCGAGCCACUACCCCCCGCCGACGGUGGCGAGUCCGCCGCCGGUCUCUACAACGGCGAGUGCGCAGCCAAAGUUGGAUCUUUCGGACCCUUCGGCUUGGGGGGCGCCGAAAUCGAGUACACCUACGCCUGCGCCUGCACCUGCGCCUGUUCCGGCGCCGGUUAAUACGGCGAACACGGCCUUCGCGGGGCUUGAUGACGACGACCCGUUUGGCCUUGGGGAAUUCAGUGCGCCAAAGUCAAGGGCGGCCCCGCCGGCCCCACCGGCCCAGGCCUUUGAUGAGGAGGAGGAUGAUUUACUAGGCGACCUAGCCAAGCCUGUUGAUCAGGUCAAGAAGCAACAGCAACAAUUACAACAGGAGCAGCAACAACGACAGCCCCAAGUAGCCAGACCCUCCUUCUCCCAAACACGAGAACCAGGGAAACCGAUCGAGGACGACGAGGACUCGUCUUCCUCCGAUGAUGAACCCGAGCAGCCUCCUCGUCUAUCCGACGAUCCCUUCGACAGGGCAGUAGCCCAACUAGUCGACUACGGAUUUACUCCCGAGAACGCCAGGAGAGGCCUAACGGAGAGUGGCGCCGGGCUAAACAUUCAGGCGGCGGUUAAUUGGUUGCUUGACGACGCACAUAGGCAAGCGAAAGAGGAGGCUAGGGCUAAGAAUGGUGGCGGCGGACCACAGCACACCGGAAGAAGCGAGGAACGAGGAGCAAGCCAGUCUCGCGCUGGACAUGGUGGCCAGGGAGGCCCUUCGUGGAUGAGGGAGGAGGAACGACAGGAACAGGUCGAGAGGUCUAGGAGUAGGGAUAAUCGGUCACCGGCUUCGCUGACCGAGGUGGACUUCGCCAAGACUGCGGCAGCCGUGGGCACGAGCUUAUUCAAGACGGCGAACAGUCUGUGGAAGACGGGGCAGAAGAAGGUGCAGGAGGCUGUGAAGGAGUUCCAGCAUGAGGGAGGCGAUCCGAACCAGCCCAAGUGGAUGAGGGAAACUGCUGAGUAUGAGCAAGGGGGUAGGAGGCCGCAGGCGCCCGAUGUUACGGAUGAGGCUAUGAUGUUGGAGGGAGGUGGGCGGCCGGCACGGAGGCCCGAGUCCACGAGGGAACGCUCGGCGGAACCCCGGACUGCUAGUAAUGGGCCACAACGGCAUGCUUCUCCCGUGCCCAGGUGGCAGCAACAGGCGCCGCCUCCGGCCUCGCUUGAUCCACGAUCGAGGCUCAGUAAGCAGUCUGUUGAGGAGCAGAGUUCUCAAGCGUAUGUCAGUCCUGCGCGCAGGAAGAAGGCCACUCCUCAACCCCAGCCGGAAGCUCCUCCUCCAGCACAGCAAUUCGAGGACGAGGACCUCCUAUUCGGCUCUUCAGGUCCGUCCAAGUCCCAAAUCACCACAGCACUGCCCUCCAGACCCGCCGCCAAAUCCACCGCACCACCACCCCCAGCUCCCCGACGACCUCCCGCCGCCAUACAGCCCAAGCCCGCUGCCCCUCCGCGCCAGAUCCCCCCCAUCUCCGCCAUCGCCCUCCAAUCCUCCACCAAGCACCGUCUCGAAGGCACCGCCCAUUUCAAGCGCGGUGACUACGCCGCGGCUCACACUUCCUACGGCGCCUCCCUCUCCGCCAUCCCGUCCACUCACCCGCUCGCCAUCCUCCUUCUUUGCAACCGCGCCCUCACCGCGCUCAAAGUCGGCGAGCCCCGCCAAGCCGUCUCGGACGCCGACGCCGCCAUCGCGCUCAUCGGCCCCUCAAAGGGGGAGGGGGAGUCCGUCGAGGUGCAGACUUCGGAACACGGCCCCGCAGAGAAACGUGAAAUGCGCGACCUCUACGGCAAAGCCCUUGCCCGCAAGGCCGAAGCGCUGGAGCAAAUGGAGAAGUGGGCGGACGCCGAGAAAGUAUGGCAGAGUGCUGUCGAGGCUGGUCUGGGUGGGCAGACGGCGGCGGCGGGGAGACAGAGGUGUCAGAAAGCUCUCGCUCCCAAACCUCCUCCUUCCGUCUCUGCCUCUACCAAACCCGCUCCAGCUCGUCCCCGCCCAACUCCCAGCGCAGCAGCGUCAGCAGCAAGUCAAAAAUCCUCCGAAGCAGUCCAACGUCUCCGCCUAGCCAACCAGGCCGCGGAGAAGGAAGGAAGCGAAAAGUUUGCUCUUGCCGACAAGGUGGAUGCGAAAAUUGCGAGCUGGCGCGACGGCAAGAAGGAUAACUUGCGCGCGCUUCUGGCAAGUUUGGAUAAUGUGAUGUGGGAGGGGAGCGGAUGGAAGAAGGUGGGACUGCAUGAAUUGGUGGUGGCGAACAAGGUCAAGAUUGUUUACAUGAAGGCUAUCGCAAAGUGUCAUCCUGAUAAGAUUUCGACGGAUGCGUCGACCGAGGUCAGAAUGAUUGCUGGAACGGUAUUUGCCACGCUUAAUGAGGCUUGGGAUAAGUUUAAGAAGGAGAAUAAUAUGUGAGUGUAAGGGGCAGGUGGAAUGUUAAUGGGUUGAUGGGAAAGGGAGGGGGGCGGGAGGGUUAAUGUUCUAAACUGCUUAUUGGGAUAUGAUACCUAUAUUAGAAGGAACGGGAAAGGAGUGUUAAUAUAGCUCAAGCUACUUGUCUGCUGUAGACAUGUCUCUGUCGGAGCGG